GAAGAAAUGGGUCGCAUAAGAGUAGCUAUGACAAAGAUUACCCUCACUUUCAAACUCUGUUUUGGAAAAACGAGUUCCGAUAGCAACGCGUCUCAACAACUCGAUGCUCCUGUCAGCCCCGAUAAUAACACAUCACAACGAGUAGAUGCUCCUAUAAGUUUUGGAAGGAGAAGUUCUGAUCAUAAUGCCUCUCAACAGCUAGAUGCUCCAAUUAGCUCCGCUUCGGCUUCUCAUACUGAUGAGUCACUACAUCCGGACACACCGACGUUGCCCUUUCCAAACGGAGAGUACGAGGUGUUUCUGAACUUCAGAGGUCCAGACACCCGUCGCAACAUCACAGACCUCAUCCAUCGUUUCCUCAUCCAUUUGAAGAUUCGCACGUUCAGGGAUGAUGAUGAACUUCGUGUGGGUGAAGGAAUAUGGCCCGAACUUGUCAGAGCCAUCGGUCAGUCCAAAAUUUAUGUUGUGAUAUUCUCAAAGAGUUAUGCAGAUAGCAAAUGGUGUCUCAAAGAGCUCGCGGAAAUCGUUGAACAACGAAAGCAAGGCAAAGGACACAUAGUGAUCCCCAUUUUUCAUAUGGUGGAUCCUUCCGAUGUACGACAUCAAACGGGUUCUUAUGAGGAUUCAUUUCGACGACAUCGAAUGGAGUUUGAUGAAAGGAUUGUACAAAAUUGGAAAAACGCUAUGAAGGAGGUUGGUAAUCUAAAAGGAUAUCCCAUCAGCGAAGAAGGGCAGGAUGGAGCUACGGCAGAUCUUGUUUCCAACCUUGUAUGGUCAUACUUAAGCAAGAACAAUUAUGCAUUGGAGACUGAUGAGUUGAUUGGAAUCGAGAAUCAUGUCGAAGAGGUAGUUGAUAAACUAAGUCUAGAAUCUGGAAGUGUGUCUACAGUUGGCAUUCAUGGUAUGGGUGGCAUCGGCAAAACAACUCUUGCAAUGGCCGUCUAUAAUAAGAUAUCUGCUCACUUCGAUCGUUGUAGUUUCUUGGAGAACAUACGACAAAAGCAACAAGAGACGGAUGGUAUUCUUGCUUUACAGAAGAAGUUAAUCUCUAACAUUUUGAGAUUGGACUCGGUUAGCUCGAUGGUUGAUGCUCGAGAAGGAAGGAGAAUUAUAAAAGAGAGAGUUUCUCAGUUUAGAGUUCUCAUCGUUCUUGAUGAUGUGGACGAGAAGUUUAAAUUUGAGGAGAUCUUGGGGAAUUUCGAGAACUUCUUUCCUAACAGUCGAUUCAUUGUCACUUCUAGGAACGUAAAAAUCUUGAAAAGUUUAGGCGGAGAUCGUCGAUGCAAGUUAUAUGAAGCUCAAGGAAUGACCCCGGAUCGUUCGCUUCAACUCUUCUGCAAGCACUCAUUCGGUAUGGACUCUCCUCCACCGGGUUUCGAGACCCUAUCAAAAGACAUUGUCUCCACCACAGGAGGGCUCCCACUGACACUCAAGGUUGUCGGCUCGUCCCUAUUCAGAGAAGACGUUGGCAUCUGGAAAGACAAAUUGGCAAAGUUGAAAGAAAUACCCGAAACGGAGGUAGUGGAAAGCUUAAAGAUAAGCUACGACACGUUGGCGCAUGAAGCAAAACAAAUAUUUCUAGACAUCGCUUGUUUCUUUAUCGGAGAAGACAAAGAAAAUGCUUCUUACAUGUGGAGCGAUUGCAACUUUUAUCCCAUCACCAACAUCAACAUUCUUAUUCAAAGGUCGAUGAUCAAGAUAGGAAAUCUUAACGAGUUUCAAAUGCAUGAUCAACUCAGAGACACGGGCAGAGCAAUUGUCCGGGAAGAAGAUAUAGACCAUCCUUGGUUGCGAAGUCGGAUCUGGUCAAGAGAUGUAGCUACAGAUUUAUUACUUAACAAGAAGGGAACAGGCAAAGUUAAAGCCAUUAGAGUGAACUCUAUUCUGGGUCUUGAAAGUGAACACUUCUCAAAUUUGUCAGAGUUGAGAUACUUUGAUGGACAAGCUACGUCGCUAAGAGGAGAUUUUAGUGGCCUUCUUCCAAAUUUGAGAUGGCUUCAAUUGCAACACCAUGAAGAAAGUCCGAAUGGCCAUCUCACCAAUUUUCAUAUGAAAAAUUUGGUGAUUUUUCAUUUUUCCUUCAGCAAACUAGUUGGAGACGACUGGGGAGGUUGGAGCCAUAUCAAGAUGGCAAAGAAGUUGAAAGUUCUGGAUCUUUCCGACCCGAAUCCUUAUCUGACGAAACUACCUGAAUUCCCAGAAUCCGGGAGCCUAGAGAUGUUGAACAUUAGCAAUUUCGCGUACCUGUUUCUCUUGAGUUCUUAUGUGGAGCUGGAUACGAGGAAUUUGCUGAACCUGAAAGUGUUGAACCUGAACAACUGUAAACUGAGGAAGAUUAAAGGGGGAACCCUGGGGAUGAUGAAGGGGCUUCGAGAGCUCGAUCUCACUAACAUCAAGUUCAUAGAGGAAGGGAGCGAAUGGCUGGCUGAUAUUGGGGAACUGCCAUUGCUCGAAAUCCUGAGAGCUGAAGAAGCGUCGUUUGAUGAGUAUCGUCAGUUUGAAGUGCUGGCAGGGAUCAAGCUCCCUACAAGUUUGAAGGUGCUGACCACUUCAUCCGCGCUGGCCAACCUCGUCGAGCUGCUACAGUUGCGAGAACUCAGGAUCAUCCAGUGCAGGACGAGGGUGGUGAUCCCGGAGACCAGCACAUUGUGGUGGAAGUCGUCCAAGUUGGAGUCUUUGACACUCUUUUACUCCCCGAACCUUAUCAUGGCCCCUAAUGCUACCCUGCUUCCGUCGUCUCUGACCAUGCUCUCGAUCAACUUUACAACUUUGGAGUGGCUCCCGAACUUGGAGAAUCUGGAGAACCUGAUCGAAUUAAUACUCAAGAGCUGUUCAGAACUGAGAGAGAUCCAAGGGCUUGGAAGGUUGAAACGGUUGCAGUCGCUCACAAUUGAUUCUGCAAGUCGUUUGACUUGUCUGGACGGGCUUGGGGAUCUCAUGUCUGGUUCUAACUGCAAGCUGGCCAAGUUAACGAUGCUGGACUGCCCUCUGCUAACUACUGCACUAGAUGAUGACUGCCGAAGGGCACUAGACGUCGUUCACUCUUUCCAAGAAAUGCACAUCGAUGGAUGUCCACGGUUGGAUGGUGGCUCCAUACCCCGACUGUCAAAACUGCCGAGGCUUAAGAUCUUGCGAAUUGGGGGUAUAUCGAGGGUCGAUGGAAAUCACGAUGGAUCAGCACUGCUGGAGGGGCUUGGGGAACUCAACGAAUUGGUUGAGCUGGAGUUGGUUAGGUUGCCAACUGUAGAGAGGCUACCAUCCUUGUCGAAGCUGAGGCAGUUGAGGCGCUUGGUUUUGUGGGACAUUCCAAAUCUGCGGGAGGUUGAGGGGCUUGAUGGCUUGAAGUCACUGAAGAGGCUAGUUCUAGCCCAAUGCAAGUCGCUGGAGAGAUUCCCUGCAGCAAGUCUUCCUUCUACAGUGGUAAGGAUGAUAUUGGACCUUCGAGGAUGCACCAACUUCACCUCCGAUCUCUCCUCCUUAGCUGUCAGCGGGAGCAAUGUGACCAUCCGGUGGCCACAUGAACCAAUCACUCGGUACCCAACCCUCGACCUGUGCAAAGGUUUUUCGACAACGAGUCAGACUGACUGA